GCCUGGGGUCUAGGUGUUCCAUUGCCGAAGGUGCCUGAGGCGUGCAGCAGCUUCUGUGGACUAAAAUUUAGAAUGAGAAAAUGGCUGGAGAAUGCAAACAGAGGAAAGAAGACUAAGCACAUGGACCGGAAAUUGGAAGGGAGUGCUCAGAAAACAGAGUCCCACAUGCUGCAGGAGCAACGAGCCAUUCUAGAAGACACAGGUGAAGAUGGCGUCUCUGAAAGCUUCCAGCUUCUACAGAUUGACGUGGAAUGUGAGCAUAGGGAGAAGAAGGCCCUGCCCGCAGACAGUGCAGUGUGGCGCUCGAAAAAUGUCCAAAGAAAACAGAAACACUGGGAAAAGAUAGUUGCAGCAAAGAAGAGCAAAAGAAAACAAGAAAAAGAAAGAAGAAAAGCCAACCGUGUAGAAAAUUCAGGCAUCUGCCCCCAGCACAGCAAACGUUUUCUGAGAUCCUUAACCAAGGAGAAACUUUUGGAAGCCAAACACACAGGACCAAGACUCUGCAUCGAUUUAAGUAUGACCCACCACAUGUCUAAGAAGGAACUCAGUAGACUCGCUGGACAGAUCCGGAGAUUGUAUGGCUCCAAUAGGAAAGCUGACAGGCCAUUCUGGAUCUGCCUGACAGGAUUCACAACAGACAGUCCCCUCUAUGAAGAGUGUUUGAGGAUGAAUGAUGGAUUUUCUAGUUACCUGCUAGACAUAACAGAGGAAGACUGUUUUAAUUUAUUCCCCCUGGAAACCCUUGUGUACCUGACUCCUGAUUCAGAACAUGCUCUUGAAGAUGUUGAUCUAGACAAAGUUUACAUCCUUGGUGGACUUGUGGAUGAAAGCAUCCAGAAGAAGGUGACAUUUCAAAAGGCUCGAGAACACUCUGUCAAGACAGCCCGCUUGCCAAUCCAGGAAUACAUGGUCAGACGCCAGAAUGGGAAAAACUAUCAUUCGGAGAUAUUGACUAUCAAUCAAGUAUUUGAUAUCCUGUCCACUUAUUUUGAUACUCAAAACUGGCCUGAAGCAUUGAAGAAGGGAGUUUCUUCCAGAAAAGGCUAUGUUCUUCAGAACUCAGUGGAAUGAUGGACAGCCUACAAUCGCAGCUGCAGGAGAUGAAGUUGCUGAAGGGGCCUUGACCAAAAAACAGAGCAAAUGGUGGCAGGGGCACACACUUGCCUCUACUUGACGUCUUGGAUCUUGAGUAGCACACAGGUUACUAACAACAGGGACCAUAUUUUAUGCUCUUUUGUAUCUCAUGUAGUGCCUGGAUCACAGGGAAGUGCCCAAUCUAUCUUGAUUCAAGUAAAAAGUUUACAUAACAGCCCUGGUCAGUGUGGCUCAGUUGGUUGGGUGUUAUCCCACAGGUCUUAAGGUCCCUGGUUCAAUUGCCAGUCAGAGCACAUGCCUAGGUUGCAGAUUCGGUCCCCAGUCAGGGUGUGUACAAGAGGCAGCUGACCAAUGUUUCUCUUCCUCCC